UUCUGUGAUCCUUGCAUUGACAGCAUCACUCCAGAGAUGAAUCUCCGAUCUGUAUUUACUGUAGAACAACAAAGGAUUUUACAGCGUUAUUAUGAAAAUGGAAUGACAAAUCAAAGUAAAAACUGCUUUCAGCUCAUUUUACAGUGUGCACAAGAGACAAAGCUGGACUUCAGUGUAGUUAGGACGUGGGUUGGCAAUAAGAGAAGAAAAAUGAGUAGUAAGAAUUCUGAAUCAGGAACAACAGCAACAGGAACUAUUUUUAGUCCCUCUUUGGGAACUCCAGACAUUAAAGUCAGAAAUGCAGUCAAUAUUGCUCGAUCCUCAAGUCAACAGUCUUCUUGGACAUCUUCCAAUAAUGAUGUUGUUGUAACUGGUAUAUACAGCCAAGCCAGUUCAUCAAAUAGUCAAGGUGCAACCAAACAUACAAAUACACAAAUCAGAGAAGCACAUAAAGUCCCUAAUCAGAAAACAGCCAGUAAAAAUGAUACUGAGUUUCAGUUACACAUUCCUGAUCAAAGACAAGUAGCACACUGUAAAAAUGCCUCUCUGCUCUUAGGUGAAAAAACUAUUAUUUUGUCAAGAAAGACAAGUGUGUUAAAUGCUGGAAACUCAGUAUAUAAUCACACAAAGAAAAGCUAUGGAAGCCCUUCAAUGGAAACUUCUGAAAUGACAGUACCUCAAAAAUCAUCAGUGUGCAACCGACCUUGCAAAACUGAACCAGCUGGAACGCAAAGGAUAUAUAAACCUGAGCACACAGGUUCACGUAAUUUAUGUGGACAAAAAGCACCUAUUCGAGACCCUUACUGUAGAACGCAGAACUUGGAAAUCCGUGAAGUAUUUUCACUGGCAGUUACUGAUUACCCCCAGAGAAUUCUUGGAGGAAGUGGUACACAGAAGUCUAGUUCAGCAGAAGGAACGUGUUUAUCUAUUGCAAUGGAAACUGGAGAUGCUGACUAUGAAUAUGCCAGAGAGGAGGAGUUGGCAUUGAUGGGAGCACAGAUACCGAGCUACACAAGGUUUUAUGAAAGUGGCAGUUCCCCUCGAGCUGAAAACCAAAGUACAGCUUUGCCUGGGAGAAAUAUGCCCAAUUCACAAGUGGUUAAUAUUAGAGACUUCUCAGAUAAUGUAUUGUAUCAAAAUAGAGACUGCCAUCUGACACCUCGGACCUCACUGCACACAGCAUCUACUACAAUGUACAGCAAUACAGAUUCAUCACGGAGUAAUUUUUCUCCACAUUUUUCAUCACCAAAGCAAUUGAGGUUUUCACAAAACCAAAACAAUUACCAGAUUUCAGGAAACCUUUCUGUGCCUUGGAUUACAGGGUGUUCUAGAAAAAGAGCACUACAAGACCGAACUCAGUUCAGUGACCAAGACUUAGCUACCCUUAAGAAGUACUGGGAUAAUGGUAUGACAAGCCUUGGCUCUGUUUGUAGAGAGAAAAUUGAAGCUGUUGCAGCUGAAUUAAAUGUUGACUGUGAAAUAGUUCGGACAUGGAUUGGGAAUCGAAGAAGAAAAUAUCGUUUAAUGGGUAUUGAGGUUCCACCUCCAAGAGGAGGUCCUGCUGAUUUUUCUGAGCAGCUGGAUUCUGAUUCUUUGUGUGCAUUCACACCGGGAGAAGAUGGUACCGAAGGAGAAGAUAAUGACAGAAAUGAUGGAAUAUCCAUCUGUUUGUCUGAAGGAAGCUUCCAAGAAGAGUCCAGUGAAGUGGUUCCAAAUGAGGAAAGGUCUCAGGAGGAGGGCUACCAUGCACUAUCCACAGAUAAUGUGAAAAUAGAAAUACUUGAUGAUGAGGAAAGUGAUAUGAUAAGCAAUUCUGAAGUAGAGCAAGUAAAUUCUCUCUUGGAUUAUAAGAAUGAAGAAGCUAGAUUCAUUGAAAAUGAGCUGGAAGUUCAAAAGCAAAAAUACUUUAAACUUAGAACAUUCGUUAGAAACUUGAUACUAGCUAUGAAAGCUGACAAUAAGGAACAACAGCAGGCACUACUGUCAGAUUUACCUCCUGAAUUAGAAGAACUGGAUUUUGAUCAUACUUCACCAGAGCCUCUUGAUAUAUCACUCACUGUGUCUUCUUUAUCAGAGAAAAAUGCCUCAGACAGUUUGUGACUCGAGGAUAAGGGUGAUAUAUGUAGUCUAUUGCUUGCCUGACAGAUAUGCAUCUAAAGAUAACUAAAUUCUUCUGCCCUGAAAUAAUUCAGUUGGAAAAAUGUGUUGUUGAAACAAGAUGUCUGUUAAAGAAUGAGAUAUAAUGGCUACAGAGCAAGAAAUUUAUUUGAAAUAUGAAUUCAUUGUUUGAGAGUCAAGCUUAGAUAAUAUAUUUUAAAGUGAUACUACUUAUGUUUUACAAUACAAUUCUUGAAUUUAUUGGUACUAUUCUAUGAGCAAAUUGUUAAAAUAGCCACCUUAUUAAAGAUUUUUUAUAAUGUACCAUAUGCAAGGCACUGUAAACAAUUCUUAUAAAACUUGGGUUCAGAGGAAUAACACCAAAGGGAGGGAGUUUACCUUUCAUGCGGCUGAUGAAGGUUUGAUUCCCAGCAAUCCAUAUGGUCCCCUGAGCCUUCCAGUACUAAUUUCUGAGCACAUAGCCAAGAGUAACUCCUGAGCACCACCGAUGUGGCCCUAAAACAAUCAAACAAACA